CGCAAACCUGGAAACCAAGAUGAAGUAAUGGUCUCUCCGUCUUUCAAUUCAGAGACAAACCAGGCGCUUUGGAUCACAAACACUCUCAUAUGAAUAUGUGGCUCACACACGUACAUCAGCUGAGGUCCUCGUGAGCCGCGCUGAGACGCGCAUUAAGCUGCCAGUUUCUGCUGGAGGACGGAGCCGCUCCAGGCUGAAUUACAUGCGCAGUCCUGCCGAGAAUCUCACAUCACCACGGCAACCUGCGUUCACACCGAGUCCCCUUCAGCAUCGGUGAGCUCCGAUCCCAUCCACAGGCAACCGGAGAGCCCGCAAGACCACCGGUCCUCAAGCAGCUCUAUCACAUUUGGUUACAAAAACACUCAGUCUGACUAAAUCUGUCCCUGAUUCCGAGAUCCGUCCGGUCAUUUUCAGACAGACGAGCAGCUAUGGUGAAGCUGGGCAGCAAUCUGUCCGAUAAGCUGGAGAAGCAGCCAUCUGCGGACGAUGGCUUUGAUAACAUCCCCCUCAUCACACCCCUGGAGGUCAACCAGCUCCAGCAACCUUUUGCAGAAAAGGUCAUUGUGAAAACGUCAACACAGUACCAGCUGCAGCAGAAGAAGAAGAACAAGCUGUAUUUUCCCAACAUUAAGAAGCUGAAUAUCAACCUUUACAGUGAUGUCUCUGAGAAGGCCAAGAUCACAGGUCUGAUCCUCAUUACUCUGGCCUUUCUGACCAGCCUGCUCCUUUUGCUCAUGUACAAAGCCAUGUGGUACGACCAACUUACCUGCCCAGAGGGUUUCAUCUUGAAGCAGAAACACUGCACCCCUGCAGCUCUGGAGAUGUACUACACAGAACAGCAGGAGCAAGGUGUGCACGGCGGCACCAACGCCGGACUGUACGCUGCUCUCAGCCACCUAAACCAGGUCAAGAGGAGCGGACCUGAGCUGCCAUCGCCAUGGUUACCAGUCAUCAGCGCUUUGAAGGAGGCUGAGGUGACCAAACCAGGCAGCGAACCGCUGAAAGGAGUGCUGGAAGCAGAUGAGUGAAGAAUGUGUAGGGGAGAAAAUGACAAUGAGGGGCAUGGUGGAUGUUAUGUUACUUUAUUUUUCGUCUGUGUGUGCGUGUUUGAGUUUUUUUUCUUCCCUCAGACAGCUCACUGAAUCACUCGCUUAUACUGGUGCUCCAAUGUAAAGGCAUGCGUGCGUGUGGUGAGUUCUUGUGGUUAAAGGCAGGAAUGUGCAUGACUUUUACAGUGCUACUGAGUCAUGACUAAAGUCUGGAUCCGGCGUGUGUGUCCGCACUCAUGUAAAUACUGUUCACUGUUCAUGCUUACAUUAGUAUGAGCUCAUGUGUGCAUGUUUGCAUUCAUGUGUGGUGUAUAUACGUAUAUACUGGGUAAUAUGUGUACUCAUCUGAGUGAGUUGGAGGUGAGAGAAGAGAAGCAAGGCGAGAACUUGCAGUGAGAACUGAAGAUAAGUUUUUAAUGAGUUUCCCCUCAUUGCGCUGCCUUGUUAUCUUGCCUCGUCUUCUGAUUUAGUCUUAGAGCAGAAUGUAUGAAGUCAUUAUUGAAUGUGCACAUAAUUUGACUAUUAAGACAUUUUCCAUUUUACUGAAUUUAGUUGACCCCACAUCUUAUUAUGUCUAGACUUUUAAUUGCAGUUGUGUAAGGUUAAAGCCAAAUUCGGAUUUUGGGAAACAGUUUUGUCAUAAUGGGUUAUUGGCUUUGUAAUUAAUUUCCAGAAAAGUUCACUUAAUCAGUAUUAAUUAAAUACAAAACACAAUUAAGUAUGCAUCACUUAAACAUGCUGUUUGUUUUCUGAAUCCACUCCUCAUUUGAUGACUCUUGUUAUGUCACAUUAUGAUGUGAGCUACUUUCUGUAAUGAUAGAUACAGCUUAAGAGCCUUUAAUGUAUUAUUACAAACAAAACCUGUACUGUAUGUUCAUGUAGGUACGCUUAUUGUGAACAGUAGCCAAUUACAUGACGUUCUGUUUUCGUUCUUGUUUAACUUAUGUUGCUAUAAAUAUUGUGUAAAAGCCUUUAUGGUGAACACAGGGUUAACUUAUCACAAUCCUGAUGUAUGAAUAAGCUGCUCUAACCAUACAGUAGAUAUUAUAAGUGCUAAUUAUGUGUUAAAAGCGUCUAUGUUUUUUAAAUGUAUUUAAUUAACAAAUAAUAUAUCUGUACAGUAUUUAAUGUGUCUUGACUCUAAGGUUUAGUUUGGAAAAUUGCCGAUGUAAGAAGUAUGAAGAAUUUCUCUUGACUUUUCUUUAUGUCUCAUUCAUUUUUUUCCUUUUUUUCUCCAAAUGGCAUUAAUCUUAUUUUGGAACAGAACUUUUCAUGUGAGUCGGAUGAAUCUGAGAUCACAGCACAGCUUGUUUCCAGUGGUUUAACUGCCAAACAUUUACAUCAGGCACAUCUGUUCUGAUGUCACCGACUGAACAGAAAUAAAUGUCUGAAGUGUUGAGUUCUCUCACUCAGAACCGGCAAUGA